GUCCCUAGGUUCUUUCAGGGAAAAAGAGGGUCUAAGUUCUUUGGGUGACGGAGAAUAAAUCUAAUUUUUUUUGGAGACCAAUGGUUAAAAUUUAAACAAGACAGCGGUUAUCGAACGUUAUUUGUUAACUAACAAUCACGAGCAUACCAUAAUCAAUCAAUAAAAAAUGGAGAAAAAUAGAAAAUGCAUAUGAGAGAAGCUGAUUGGGCAGAUGCAUUCCUACUCAUUCCCCUGGAAACUUUGAAAAAAGGUUAUGGACGUUACUUCAAACACGUAAAUGGCGGCUUUGUCAUUACAAUGUAGUGAAUCUAACCCGUGAGCGAAGAUAUUAGGGCCCGUAUAAAGCUCCCCAGAUGUCUGAUGACAGUGAGAUACUCGGCAGAAGACCACACUCGCCUCGGACCCUCACUAUAUCGAAAUCCCCAUGUUCGGAGGACAAUUGGUUCACCAGUGAGCCGGAGACAACACUCGUCAGCAACGAUUGUCAACGCAACGUGCAACUGGAAUCAACGAACCCCUGGAUUUCAGAGAAUAAAGAGAGAAAUUGUGAUUUGGGUGAGGUCGAGUCCAUGAUCAUCGCUUCUCGGGGUUGGAAUGGAUAUCACACGCAAGUCGCGAAAAAUGAAGAGUCUUCGAAAUCACCUCGUCCCAAGGACUCCCCCAGACCGCACCCCAAGACGGUGGAGGAUAUUGAACAAUGGUUGAAAACUCGUCCGGAUGCUCCGACCACAAUGGAGCCCCUAAAACAAGAACUCGAAACAGUGGACAGGUACCUGACCUCUCCCUUCCUCGAGAAAGACCAGGACGUUCUGUCUAUCGACAUCGAUUACACCGACAAAAAAUUGACACUGGGAUACGAUCCCUCCUACGACCAAUUCCAAGAACUCCACAACGAGAAAUACUUGGAAGUCUGCAAGGAUGGCUUCACCCUUCCAGAGUUUCCUCUGGAUAACCUGGAUCCUCUGACACUUGCCAACAACGACAUGAUGGUGGCAGGUGAGGUCCUCCCCUCCACUAGUACCCAACCUGAGGAUUACGCUCAAGAACCGGAGGAAACUUCUCAACACCCAUCUUCAGAAGUCGAGCAAAAGCCUUCAAUUCCGGAUUUUGCCUUGACGACGUCCCAGGAGGUGGAUGAAAUCGAAAUAUCUCCUGAAAUCGAUCCUUUGAUUCAUGAGGACCUCGGAUCCCUGGACAGUCCUUCCGAAGGGGACAUCUCGCCUCCAAAUGGCAAAAGUGAGUCUAGAAUCGUCAAAAAACGAAGAAAAGUCCUCAAGAUUGAGGACAAUCGUUUGCAAUAUGACGAGGAAGACGUUCAGACUGAUAAUAAGGACGGAAUAAUGGCCGUUGUCGCAAUAUCAACUGAUAAAAUAUCCAACAUGACGCAGAUUGUGAUAAAUACAGGAAAGGAGGAACAGAUCUACCAGGGGAAGACAUCGGAGUUGAUGGAGGCCACUGGGUAUUUUCCAAAUAUUGCAAAGAUGGAAGGCGGUGGAUGCUGGAGGGAGGCCGGGAGCACCAGUCACGAAAUGAUAAUCACAAAUGCCCUGGAGGAGUUGGGAUUCACUGAGGAGGGACUUGUUUCCCUCGCUCUUGUGAUGACAGAGAAUGGAAAGACCUGGAUAUGUCCUAAAGAGGAGUGCAGAAGGGAGUUCAACAGGUUGUAUGCGUUGAAGGGACAUCUGCUGGCCCAUUACGGGGUCAGGCCUUUCAAGUGCGACUACGAUGGCUGUGCUUGGGCAUUUCACUCGGACUUCAAGUUGAAACGUCACAAGGAAACCCACCUGAAACGCAAGGACUACGUCUGCCAGGUCUGCAACCGUCGUUUCACGACAAUCUACAACCUCUGGACGCACGAAAAACUACACUCUCGCCCCAACCGCAUCGCCUGCCUGGUCCCCAGUUGUCUCGAACGUUUUCAAACAAAAAGAGCUCUCGAAAUCCACAUGAAGUCCCACGAUCAGGAGCACGCCCCCUAUGUCUGCAGUCACGAAGGCUGUGGUAAGCGCUACUACAGCUCCAACGCCUUGAGCUCACAUCAGAGGUGUCACAGUUACAAAGAAGUGGACAUAAAGUGCGGCUGGUUGGGCUGCGGCAAAGUAUUCGAUAAGCCCUGCCGUCUGAAGGCUCACGUCAGGUGUCACACUGGCUCCAAGCCCUACUCCUGUACUUACCCAGGAUGCGGAUGGGCUUUCUCGUCGUCGAGUAAACUCAAGCGACACGAGAAGAAGCACACGAACGAGAGAAAAUUUCUUUGUGAAUUUCCUGGAUGCAAUAAGGCCUUCAUGCGAUCUGAACAUCUCAAGGAGCACAGGCUGACUCACAAAGAAGGAAGAUUCUUCCAGUGCUAUAUGUGCGACGCGAGUUUUUCCGCGAAAAGCAGUCUCUAUGUUCAUAUUAAGAAGCAUCAGAAUCGGGAGAACAACGGCAGUGUGCAGAAUGCCAGGGCGAGGGUAGGUUUGAUGGAGAGGAGACUGGAGGAUUCUGAGAGUGUCAAGACCAUUUGCGAGGAAUUGUCGAUGAAGUCGGUGCCCUCGGUACCUGAGGAUCUUCAUGGAGGUCUGAGUCCCCUUCAGAAUGUCGGUAAGAUCAGGGGAGAGGAAGAUGAGGUUUGCAAGAGGAUUGGCUCGUCGAAGAUGUUGAGGAAUCGCGAUAACGGGCACAGUGAUCUUGCAGAUUCAUCGGAGUUGAAUUAUGUUUUGUAUGAGGACAAUGAUCAGGGUGAGGGUGGACAGGGAGAGGAGGGGGCAGAACCAGAGCCUGAACCACCACCGAAGAUCGUGGGGAAUGUUGCCAGAGGCAGAAGGGGACAGGGGGCUGCGAGGACUAGGCUGACGUGUGAUGAUGUCUGGAGGAUGAAGAGGAGAAACUCGCGAUUGAAUUCUGUGGGACCGAGUGAUGUUGUUCUUGGGGGUGGAGAUAUUGGGGAGGGUUUACUUCUGGAGGAGGAAUUGCCCUUGAUGUUCUAUCAGGAGGAUCUGGGGAAUGAGGGACAGAUUCUACUGCUCGAGGGGGGAAGUGAGGAGACGAUUGGACUGAGGGGGCUGGAGUGAUGAAUGUAUCUGUGAUGAUUGAUGAGUGGAUAGUGCCGCUUGAUUUUGUGUACAUCGUGGAUAGUUUUAAGAUUUUUUUUUACUUUGAACGGUUAUUUUGUAUUAAUAAAUGUUCAUAUUUUUGGA